GCCAGCCCCUUGCUGACGCAUGGGCGGCUGGACGGCGGCCUGGGGCCAUGUGCACCAAGCCGAUCGCGGUCCUCGCUGGCUGCCAGACGGCGCGGCCUCCUGAGGCUGCUCCUGGGCUCGUCGCUGUCGCUGGCGUGGCUCCUCGGCUGGACGACCCCGCGGUCGGUCCCCCAGGCUUCCGAGCUGGCCAGCUUCGACUACGGAACCCUGCGGCCCGUCACCGUGGAGGAGAAGAGGCAGUGGAAGGAGCUGGGCUUCGUUGUGUUGCGCGGUGUGAUAGACCCGGCGUUUCGUCCCUCAACCGUAUCGUGGAGCGGGAGUCGCACAGGCUGUGCUCCUGGCAGAUGUGGUUCGGUAACGUUUGCCAAAUAG